AACCCUCCCUCCAGAGCUCCUUCAACUUGAAGACAAGAUACUACAGUACUACUCUAAGGACAGACAGGACCCUUUCCUUACAGGGCCGGCAAACUAAAACCCCACCCAACCCACUUGGCGGAUGUUGGGUGGGAUGUACAAAGUAUACAGAGAUGAAGAAGUGCACUUGUACUACUAUACCAAGUGUCAGCAGUUGGUUAUUAGUGGCCCAAACGCGUAGAGGAGGCCCAAUGCAUGUCCCAAAACUGCAGAGACGAUACUGCAACACACACCAAACCCUCCCGGGACCGCCGCCGCCGGAGAAUGGUGCAUUUGAAAAGCAAUAAGAGGAGCGGACAAACAUAAAUAGUAGUAUACAAAACACAAACAUGAUGGUAGCCUUGCCCUUUGAUGAUUGAUGGUGGAUUUGAAGAGUGAGCGCUGCCAGUUUCGGCUCCCAAAGAAGAAUAGACUCUGUGCCAAUGCUCCUCUCCCUAAUUCCUCUUUCUGCGGCAACCACACGCAAAGGUCCAAUCACCAAUGGAUUCAAUGCCCCCUUGACCCUUCUCACUCCGUACUCCAGCAUAAUCUUGAAAAUCACCUUACCAGAUGCCCCUCCCUCAAACAAGCUCAGUCUCUCUCCCUCCAACCCUAUUACCAAAAGGGCAUCAAUGCCGGCGGAGGCAUCGAUGAAGAUCAUACUGCUACUGCUUCACAUAUGAAGAGACGAGCUAUCUACAACAAGACUGUCCCUGAAUUCUGUGACUUGAUCCGCAAAAUCAAGAGCAUUCAUGCAUCCCUCUCCGAUAAUACCCGCAUUCAAGAUUCUUUCAAGAUUCCUCAAGCUUGUGCUGUUUGGUCUACUCGUAGACAAAUCGAUCGGAAGUUACCCUUCCAAGGGAAACAUGUUUUGCAGCAGGCCUCCAUCCUUGGUAACCUGGAAGAAUUUGGACUGUUGCGCAAGUCUGGUGUAGAGGAUGCUGUAAUUGAUGCGACGACUCUAGACCGCAGCGAUGUUGAUGUUCCUGCUGUCGUGGAAUUUGGAGCUGGGAGGGGUUACCUGACCCAAUUGCUUGCUGACUGCUACGGGAUUAAAAAAGUGCUUUUGGUUGAGCGCAAGUCCUACAAGCUUAAGGCUGAUCGAAGUUUGAGACAAAUAGAGAACCUGAUGUUGGAGCGCUUGAGGAUCGAUAUUGAAGAUUUGAACUUGAAUGCUGUCGAGUCUUUGCAAGGGGUUCCUUAUUUGGCAAUUGGUAAACAUCUUUGUGGGCCGGCAACAGAUAUGACGUUGAAGUGUUGCAUAUUGGAACAAAGUGCUCAAAAUCAUGCUGAUCAGUUGAAAGCCAGUUGUUUCCUCAGAGGUCUCGCUAUAGCUACGUGCUGUCAUCAUCUUUGUCAGUGGAAACACUACAUAAAUAAGAACUACAUAUUGAAUCUCGGUUUGACCAAGGAAGAUUUCCAUGCAAUGACAUGGCUUACUAGCUGGGCAGUUGAUGCAGACCAUGGAUCAGACAUUUUUGUCAUUGACAGCUCGCCGAAUCUAUGUCUCAAUGAGAAGGAAGAGAUUGGAGCAGAAUUAAGUCAGUCUGGAGUGGGAGACGUUGUUAGGAAUAUGAGCGCUGUGGAGAGGGCAGUGGUGGGAUUCAUGUGUAAGGAUAUCAUUGAUGCUGGAAGAUUGAUGUGGCUCAAGGAGCGUGGAUUACACUCUCAAGUUGUAAAGUAUGUUCCACCCGGUAUCUCUCCUGAAAACCAUUUACUGAUUGCUAGGCAGGGCAAUGGAUUAUAUGAUGAUUCUGUUGCUGUUAAAUAAAUUCUUUGCCUCCAAAACCCAGAGACAACAGACUGUGAAUCAGGGAACUUCAUCAGAUCAACGUAUCAGAUGAUUUUUAAAAAGCAUCAGACAAUUCUUCAAA